GGCAACUUCCGUUUUCCCAUCAUGCCGUUCGACAAACAUGGCUGCCAGUUUUUCAUAACAACAUCGAUGUGACUGCGCUCAGCUAGCUGACUCUUGCGCCUGUAGAUUCAACAAUAAAGGGGAUAUCUGUGUGAGAGUGAACUCCGCACAAUGCCGAAAUAUUACGAGGAUAAGGAGGAAGACAUCAGAGCCUGCGCCGGGGUCAGAGAGGACUUCAAGGCCUGUCUCCUUCAGCACGACUGUGUGGUGAAGGAGGGAAAGACGCCCAGCGAGUGUUUGAAGGAAGGCCACUGCAAAGCCCUGCAGACAUCAUUCUUUGAGUGCAAGAGGUCGAUGCUGGACACAAGGUCAAGAUUCAGAGGAAGGAAAGGAUACUGAGGAACCAUCUGAAGCUGCCAUAUGGUUGAGUGACUACUGAAUGAGCACUUGUAAAUAUGUGUAAUGAUAAAAGUCAAAGAGCUCUGCUCAUGGGUCAGUCUAUGAGCAGCUUUCCAACCUGAUCUGAAGGACAUGUGCGUGAUACUGGGAAGCAAUGGACUACUAAUUAGUAUAGAACAAUGCACAUUGAUACACAAAAGGACUGCCAACUCAUCAGUGCUGAAGAAAACCUGGAGCCCUCACUGGCUGGAGCUUUUUGUGGAUGAAUGACUGUGUGUGUGUUAUGUAAAAACACUUUAUCAAAAAUAAAGAAUGACAAAAAUGUU